AUGCGCCAAAAAAGGUUAUCAAGGUCAAGCAAUGCUACCACGGUGACAACCACGAUAGAUAGCUCUACAAGUUUCCACCUCGACUCUCCGGAUCGGCCAUUUGACAACAUUUUGAAUUUUCGGGAUGUUGGGAAGUCUAUUAAUGAGUUCACGGGCUCAAAAAUUUUGAAAGAAAACAUACUCUUCCGUAGUGCUCGGCCAGACGAUGCAUCCAAGCGAGACAGGCAGCGUCUCCAAGACGACAUUAGUCUAUCGACGGUGAUUGAUUUGCGUUCAAAACGGCGUCGGAAUUCUCUACCAGCCUCAUCUCUAGAAGAUGCCAACAUUGCAAAUACACCCCCUUCUUAUCGACAGCAUCUUUUGGAAUUACCUGGCGUAAAUCGACACUUUAUCAGUCUUACAGGACGUGCCUUUGAGAGGUUACUUUUGUGGCGUUUGGACUGCCUCAGGUUACCGCGCGGAUGCAGUCAAGCUCAAGACACGCUCGACUGCGCUGGCGCUGAGAUUCGAGAAAUUUUUGACAUAUUGACCAAGGGAAAAUCAUACCCUGUCUUGAUUCAUUGCACGCAAGGGAAAGACCGUACCGGACUCAUCAUUUUGUUACUGUUAUUUCUGAUUGCUGAUACGUCGUCACCAGCACUAUUAUCAACACAGAAAGAAGGACAACAAUCCAUACCGCUUAACGCCAUGGCCUCUGAUUACAUGAAAUCGGAGAGUGAACUUCAGCCUGAAUUUGAGUCUUUAAUGAAAGAAAUCUCAGAUAUAGGACUGGAUGAGGAGUAUGCAAAGACUCCGUCGGGGUUUACGGGCGCUUUGAAGUCGUAUCUAGACACGAAAUAUGGAGGUGUGAGGAAAUAUUUGCUCUCGAUUGGUGUUGGGGAAGAGAAGAUUGACAGGGUGAUAAGGACUCUAAUGGUUUGA